GGGUGCUUGGGGGAUAAAUACGGUGAUGAAGAGUGAGCGAGAGGAGGGGGAGGAGCAGAGAGAUGAAUCCUUUCUGUAAUCCUCUAGACACACGCUCGGUCUGGCUGCCUACUAGCUCUGAGAGCAAGAGAGAGAGCGAAAGCGAGUCAGGUGGAGGGUGCAAAACAGAAGAACCAAGUGAAAGGAAGAUGAGGUGAGGAAAAGAAAAGGGAGCUGUCUCUUAUUAAGAGAAACAGAGAGAUAGAGCAGGAGGCAGUGUGGUACAGUACUUGCACGACUUGAAGUGGAGCAAUCAGAAGAAGCGGAGAGAGCGGUUGAGGGAGCAGGAGUGGAGGAGACUGUGUUGGAGGAAGGCAACAGGAUGAUGCUUCUCUUCUCCACUGCCUGAACCACAAGCAGGAGAGUAGGAAGGACUUACUCCAGCUUGGAUGAGAGGAAAAGAUGAAGAGGAUGGGAGGGAGAUGCAUCUCUCUUUUCAUUCAGGAUCACAUGAGCGUGUGGACAUGACCCCGGUUCGGUGUGACAAGCUGCUCUCAUCGAGUGUGUGGAGACAAUGUAGUUGUGCUCGGGAGAUGGAUACACAUUGACACUAAUUGUGGCCGCUUCUUGAAAAUCAUCUGGAGGCAAGCACCGGUCCGAGUGUGUGAUUAGAUGCUGGCAGGUGCACUCCAAGGAAAGUGUGAAGACCCUCGUGGACAGCAGGUUCACAACAGCACAUUAAGUUGUACUGCCUCAGUGACACCCUCAAGUGCACUCGAAGAAGAGACUCGAACACCAACCCUGGUGUCUUUUUGAACGGUUGGCGGUCAGCCUUCUCACCCCAUUCCCCGGUGUAUGCCUCCAAACUGCAACCAUGGGAGAAUGGACCAUCCUCGAGCGCCUUUUGGAGGCCGCCGUGCAACAGCACUCUACUAUGAUAGGAAGGAUCCUGUUGACAGUGGUUGUGAUCUUCCGCAUCCUGAUCGUGGCUAUUGUAGGCGAGACGGUGUAUGAGGACGAGCAGACCAUGUUCAUCUGUAACACCCUGCAGCCGGGUUGCAACCAGGCGUGUUAUGACAAGGCCUUUCCUAUCUCUCACAUCCGCUACUGGGUAUUCCAGAUCAUACUGGUGUGCACGCCCAGCCUUUGCUUCAUUACCUACUCGGUCCACCAGUCGGCCAAACAGAGGGACCGACGCUACUCGUUUCUCUAUCCCAUAAUGGACCGGGACUACGGUGGACGGGAUGGAGCACGGAAGCUCCGCAACAUUAACGGAAUUUUGGUUCAGCACGGCGGUGACGGCGGCGGUGGGAAGGAAGAACCUGACUGCUUGGAAGUCAAGGAGAUCCCCAACGCCCCGCGAGGCCUCACGCACGGGAAGAGCUCCAAAGUACGUCGACAAGAAGGGAUCUCUCGUUUUUACAUCAUUCAAGUGGUGUUCCGAAAUGCACUCGAGAUUGGAUUUUUGGCAGGCCAAUACUUCCUCUAUGGCUUUAGCGUGCCUGGGAUUUUUGAAUGUGACCGCUACCCGUGUCUGAAGGAGGUGGAGUGCUACGUAUCGCGGCCCACGGAAAAAACGGUUUUCCUGGUCUUUAUGUUCGCGGUGAGUGGCAUUUGCGUGGUGCUCAACCUGGCCGAGCUCAACCAUCUGGGUUGGCGCAAGAUAAAAGCGGCCAUCAGGGGCGUCCAGGCCCGCAGGAAAUCCAUUUGUGAGAUCAGGAAGAAAGACAUGGCGCAUCUGUCCCAACCGCCCAACCUGGGGCGCACACAGUCCAGUGAGUCAGCCUAUGUCUGAUGGUGAAGAGUAGAGGAAGAGGAGUGGGAUGAACGUGAGAGUGUGACAAUGAAGUUAUUAUGAUUUGAGUGCAAUGAAGAUACCGCAAAGGCUCAAACCGGAUGAAUCACUCUCUGUGAUGACGGAACGACACCCAAGCAGCCACCUCGUUCACUUCAAGAGUUAAGUCAAGAAACGGAAGACUCAAGAGACACAUAAAGACAGAAAUCACGAUGAACACAUUUUAAUCUCAUUUUCGAGAGAUAUUCUAACUGCCAUUUUCUACUACGAGCUCUCUCUGAACUGUGAGAGACAAAUGCUCGCAGGGCUGGACAGGGAACAAGCAAAUGAGGCUGCUUUGUGUUAUUUGGGGACACUGGGGGAGAUGAUGGCAGUCUCUUGACGCAUCCCAUGGUGCUUUUCUGGACUAUGUCCGCUUCACUGAAAAAAAACCAAAAAAAAAAAAAAACAAAAAACGGAUGGAUGGAACAGAGAUGAUGAGCGGCAACAGCAGAAAAACAAGGAACGGAAGACCUGUCAGAGGCACGAUAGGAGAAAAGAGUUUGUGAGUGUGAGAGACUCGGAGGGGGACAUGACGCUCUGGCAAAACGUGAAAGAGGGGAACAGAGGGUGCGUGGCUCCGUCGCUUCCUCCCGCGGCUGAAAAUGAAGCCAAGCGAGAGGGAGCUGCUUCUGAUUAUCGUCAUCCCCAUCCAAGCCAAAGCCAAGAGAAGAAUGAUGGUGUUUAUGUUUUGUCUCUUGGCAAAAUAUUAUUCUAACACAAACACAGCUAGUACCGUGAGCACUUUUUUUUUUCACUCCUCUUUCCUAUCUCUCGCUCGCUUUUACACCAGAGUUGGCAGCUAUGUAGCGCCCAGGGGGGGCUUCGGAUGACAGUAACGACCCUCGCUGCUCUCCUUCUACGUCGAUGUUGGAGAUGAACUCAUGAACACGUGGACGUGGUGUUGUAAAUGUUUGUCUCUCCCAAAGCACAAAGCAAACGUUCCUCCUCGCAGCGUUCCAGGGUGCUGAGGGUCGAGGGAGAUCCCGUCCAGAAGGACGCGUGGGAAAAGGGAACAGAAGGAGGACAGAGGACUUCAAAUGUAUCCAAAAUAUCACAAUGGGUUCUCAUUUUCUUUUUAGAAUGCAAUGGUGCCAUCAGUGAGAGACCGAUUUAUCGUUGAAAAGAUGAAAAGAGUAUAUGAGUGAUAUUUAUCCAUUUAGAGUAUAUCCAAAUAGAUUUAUUUAUCUUUAUGUGUGGGGCGUUUGUGGCAUUGCUUUUUUUUUCCUACUGUAUGAAUUGUCUUUUUUUUUUUUUUUUUAAUGUUUCAUUUUAUUUUUCUCAAUCUUUUUCACUGAUUAAACUGUUUAAUCGGCACAUGGAGAGAAGGGUUAUGAGCUUUGUUUGUUUGUCCA